UCUCUCUCUCUCUUCCAUCACGUGACCCUUCAUAGUGAGAGAGAAAUAAAGGAUUUUGUGUUUGUCUGAGAGGGAGUGAGAGAGAGAAGGAAGAAAAAGACAUAACCCCAGUCCCAGAUAGCCAGAACCAAACAAAAAAACUCGAAAGGAAAAUCUUUUGUUUAUUUUUUAUUUUGUGGGGUGUCUCAGUCUCAUAAUAUCUUACUCUCUCUCUCUCUCCUUCUUCUCUCUCUCUCUGUCUCGCUCAGUGUCCCCUAAUACCAUCUGUGUGGUGGUAGUGUCAUUGCAUAAGGAGAAGAAAGAAAGUGAAAACAGAGCCAAAAAAAAAAGUGGAAGGCAUCUCUCCCUGCCUCUGACCUCUCUUUGCACUCUUGCCAGUGAGUAUUCUCAGCUCUGUUUCUGAGACUACUGUUAUUAGACUUUUUAGAGAGAGAGAGUUAGAGAGAGAGUGUGUGUUUUUUGUGUCUUGUAUAAGAGUCGGGGUAUAUAAAGAAGAGUGCUCGAAAAUGCAGCAGCACCUGAUGCAGAUGCAGCCCAUGAUGGCAGCCUAUUAUCCCAACAACGUCACCACUGAUCACAUUCAACAGUAUUUGGAUGAAAACAAGUCAUUGAUCCUGAAGAUUGUUGAGAGCCAGAAUUCAGGAAAAUUGGGUGAAUGUGCAGAGAACCAAGCGAGGCUGCAGCGAAACCUAAUGUACCUUGCUGCUAUUGCUGAUUCUCAGCCCCAGCCUCCUACGAUGCAUGCUCAGUAUCCUUCGAGUAGUAUUAUGCAGCCAGGAGGACAUUACAUGCAGCAGCACCAACAAGCUCAGCAGAUAACUCAACAAUCACUCAUGGGGGGAGGCUCGUCCAUGUUGUACAACCAGCAGCCAUUUACAGCUCUGCAACAGCAAGCGCUGCACAGCCAGCUCGGCAUGAGCUCUGGUGGGAACUCUGGCCUUCACAUGCUGCAAAACGACAUGGGUAGCGCAGGAGGCAGUGGACCGCUAGGGGGUGGCGGAUUUCCUGAUUUCGGUCGUGGCGCUGGAGAAGGGAUGCAUAGAGGAAUGGCUGGUGGUAGUAAGCAAGAUAUGGGAAGUUCUGGAUCAGCUGAAGGCCGAGGAGGGAGUUCUGGAGGUGAUGGGGGCGAGACCCUUUACUUAAAAUCCACCGACGAUGGGAAUUAAGAGGUAAGAACUAAAGAACGACCCCAACUUACUGGUGAGUUUAGCGUUAGGAAAUCUAAGUCAUGACGAAGAAGAUGAAUUUAGGAGCAGAAGAAAGUAGAUGGGCAGGAGUAAAAAAGAAUGAAGUUACUGCUGUUUAAAGAACUUGCAUUAUCUUAUGUGUAAAAACAGUGGUGAUCGAGGGUCUUACUCUCAAACUUGGAGCCUUUUAUAUCUCUCUUUUUAGUAGUAUAUGAUAAUGCAGCAUUUGUAGUA